UGUAACUGCAUCUGUGGUUUACAUUUUGUUUGUAUACAAAUUUGAAGCUAUCGGUGAUAGACUUAUUAAUCCAUUUUAUAAACAGUUUCUUCUUUCAUAUGUCCACAUUAUAUACCUAUCGUCAGUUGGGAAGGAUAAUAACUUCAAGAUCCUUUGUUAUGGUUGGAACUAGGAGCACCUCAUCUUUGUCCACUUAUGACGACGGUACGGCUGAAGUAAUUCAAAACUUGAAAAAAGGCGAGGUUGUUGAUACUGGAACCGAAUUACGGGCAGUGCUGGGAGCAUCUCAAUAUGCUAAAGUUUUAUAUAACAAAUUUGAUAAUAUUUAUGACUUGCAACAUGCUGUUAUACCCGAUGUAUACAAAGGGAAAGGCGUUGGGUCUAUUUUCGCCGAGAAAAUAUUCAAUCAUCUCAUAACGCAAGACAAAUCAGUGAAGAUAAAGAUAACCUGUGAAUUUUUGCAACACUUUUAUGAGAAGAAUCAGGAGAAGUAUGAAAAUUAUAUAGAGAAAUAGAUCUACUAAACUAAUAAAAUAUAAAAUUAAAGAAUAUUUUCAUUUCAUAAUGGACCUAGAUGAAUUGAAAUCAACUAUUUUCUAUUACUUUAGAGAAAAGCUUUACAACUCGGCAGUGAAUGCAUCAAAGGAAGGAAUCACUAAAUAUAAAGGUCAAUCUUGUUUUCAUCUGUUUCAUGCACUUGGGCUUGUAGUGAACAACCAUGUGGAAGAAGGAAUUCAAAUAUUAGAGUCGAUCAUGUCUGACAAUGAGAUCAAAUUAUCAGUCAUAAUAGCUCUCAUGUAUAGCAAUAAGUUGCUGGGUGUAUGUAACAAAGAAGUAUAUUUGAGGUUGGACGCCCAAAUGAAGGAGACACGAAAAGUCGCAGAAGCAAUAGAUUUCUAUUAUUCUGGAUUUGUUCUGUUUUCAUUAAAUAAACUAGAAAAAUCUCUGGAUUACUUAGAUAAGGCUCUUACUUUGCAUUCAGGUAUGUUGGAAUGUUGGGCAUUGAAAGGGUGGGUUUUACUGGAACUCAAAAAAACUGGAAGGAAGUCUGUGGCUAGUAUAUCGGAGAUUUUUCUACAAUCUCUUCAAAGUAAGGCAAACCUCGACUCAUUCUUAGGUCUGGGGGAGGCAUAUUUAUAUGAAAACAACUAUGAAGAAGCCCAGUCAGUUGCAAAUAAAACUGUUGUGAGAUUCCCAAACAUAUAUCUUUCACUUAUUUUGAAAUUGAGAGUUCAGUUGGCCAUGCAACAAUGGGAUCAUAUUGGUGAGACUUUGGGCAGAAUUCUAACUCUCAAUCAAAAUUCGUUGGAUGCGUUACGAGUAUCUAUAUUGACAACACUUUGCCAUGAUGCCGACUAUGAAGAAGCAGUCCAUUCCAUAAAAGAUUUUUUAACAGUUCUUGAUAGAACAGAACAAAAAAAUGGACAUUUCUUAUUAGAAUCUGCAAAACUGUUUUCUGAGGUUUGCGAAAGUAACCCAGAUGUUCUUCAGGAAACUUAUAGCAUGAUCGAAGAAGCUGCCCGAAAUUUUUCCGAUGAUGCAGAUUUCAUUUGUGAGUUGGGAUUUCACUGUUUGAUGCAGAAUGAGAUGGCAGACGCCUCACGAUUCUUCAAAAGUGCUCUCAAAAUCGAACAUUCCUCUACAAAGGCUUUAAUCGGUACUAUAUGCAUUGAACUUGAACAAAAUGGAGUUUCAGAAAAGUUGAAAGAUCAAAUUGAACACCUCCUCGAUAUGAAAGGGGCUCAAAACUCUGCAAUGACCAUGUUACUCAAAGCAAAAAUAAGUGAUACUGAAGACGAGGCCAUUAACUGUUUGAACAAAGCAUCUGAUUAUCAUUUGAAUCCACUCAAACAUUACCCAUAUUCAGUUAGUUUCCUUAAACUUUUGAAUCCUCAUUUCAUGCUACAGUUAGCAAAGGAAUACUUGAAAUAUAUUCCUUUUACUUCUGAUUUUUCUUUCACCAAAAAACCAAAGACACCUAGUGCAGCUGCAAUAGCUGUGGAAAAUAUUUUGACUAUAUUACAUAAGGCCUGCCCUGGAAUGAUUGAACCACUAUUUCUACUAGCAAAUAUUCAAUACCACGUAAUUGGAGAUGUCAAUAAUGCUACAUCCAAUCUUGAAAUCUUAUUGAAACGGGAUAAUAUACCUGGUGAGGCUUAUCUGCUCAUGGCCCAGAUACAAAUUCGCAAUGAAACAUACGAGAGAGCAUCUCAAAGUCUUGAAGAAGGAUUGAGCAUUGAUUUCAAACUAAGAGAGAGUCCGAUUUAUCACUUCAUUUCCGGAAUCGUACAAAAAAAAUUGAAUAGUUUCCAGGAAUCAAUUAAAUCCUUAACUACUGCAAUUUCAAUUAUCGCAGACAAAAAAUAUAAAUCAAAAACCGACAUUGACUUAAACGAAAAAGCAGCAAUUUACAUAGAGCUAAUAGACGCACACAAUCAGAUCGGACAGGUCGAAGAAGCGAUGAAACUUCUCGAAGAAGCUACUGAAGAAUUGCAAAAAACACCAGAAGAAUCAAGGAUCGUUCUGCUAUGCGCAGAGCAGGCCCUCAAUCAUAACAAUGUGCAGGGCGCUCUCGACUUACUUAACAAGGUUGACCGUUCAGAUCCUUAUUAUUCUCAAGCAAGAACUAGGUUCGCAAAUAUUCUUUUGGAAUACAGGAAGGACAAACAUGCCUAUUUGGAAUGCUAUUUAGAGAUGGCUAAGGAAAAUUCCUGCAUCGAAACGUACAUCCUAUUGGGAGAUGCAUAUAUGACUGUGCUAGAGCCCGAUUUAGCCAUAGAGACUUACCAAAAAGCCCUAAAAGAAAAUCCUAGAGAUCCAUACAUCAAUUUGAAGCUGGGGGAAACUCUGGUUUUCGCUCAUUAUUUCCAUAAGGCUGUUGAAUUCUACAAGGAGGCGAUAGAGCUGACAAACUAUGCAGAGUUGAAGUUGGAAUUGGCACAUCUUUAUAUGCAAAUGAAAGAAUUCAUCAAAGCUGAACAUCUCCUUAUAAGUGAAAUUGAAGUCGAGAAUUCUAACAAUGUAGAUGAUCUAGCUUUUCUUCAAUAUAAGACGAAACUGCUGAAUUUAUUAGCUACCAUCCAAGAGAAGGCAGGUAAUAAAGCGGGUGCUCUUAUCACUUUGAAAGAUGCCAGAGACAAUCAAAAUAGGGUCAGGAAACGUUUGGCGAUAGAAUUACCGAGAGUUCCGCAAAGUGAAAUUGAUAUUUUAACCUCCAUUUACACCAAGCUUGCGGAAAUGUCGAUUCAAAAUAAGGAUAAUGAUGAAGCCAUCAAUUAUUAUAAAGAAGCAUGUGAAGUCGCCCCAGAAAAAGUUUCUAUAUUAGGAGCUUUGGCCAAACUUUACAUACAGAUUAAUGCUCUGGAGUUGUGCCAACAAACAUGCGGUGUUAUUUUGGACAUUGACAAUGAAAAUGAGGAGGCAUCACUUUUAAUGGCAGAUAUUGCUUUUCAUAAGGUUGAUUUCGAUAUGGCACUGUUCCAUUUUACUCAAUUACUGGCAAAACAACCCACCAACUGGAAUGCCUUAGUGAGAUUGGUGGAAGUUAUGCGCAGAACAGGAAAUUUGGAAGAUUUCCCCGAGUACCUCGAUAAGGCGGAAAAGGUGUGCGAGAAUCCAACCAAAGAGGGGGGUCUGCUUUACUCCAAAGCCCUUUAUCAAUGGUACGCAGGCAAUUUGAACAGUGCGUUGAGGAACUUUAACGUUACCAGACAAGAUCUUGAUUGGGGAAUGGAUUCAAUCUACAAUAUGAUUGAAAUAUGUCUCAAUCCCGAAGACGACAUGUUGACUGAUCAGUUGAUGGAUAAUGAUGAUUUGGAGUAUAGAGAUUCUAGGUCUAUGGCUUUAAAAACGGCCGAUCGUCUCUUGAAGGAAUUGAAGCAAAAGUUGGGCGAGAGUGUUCUAAAGUACAAACUCUUGGUGAACUUCCGAUUAUUGGCGACCAAAGAAAAGCCUUUGAUAGAACAAGGGUUGGAAGCGUUCAUCGCGCUUGCUUCCCAAAAUGCUUAUAAAGAUAAUAUUGGUGUUAUAUUGGGUCUAUCUACAGCUUAUACACUCUUGAAACAAUCUCAAAGGGCCAAGAAUCAGCUGAAAAGAGUUGUUAAAAAUGUAUGGACCUUCGAAGAUGCAGAAUAUUUGGAAAAAUGUUGGUUGCUUUUGUCCGACUACUACAUACAGUCAGGAAAGUACGAUGUUGCAUCAGAUUUAUUAGCCAAAGUGAUUCAUUACAACAAGAGCUCUAGAAAAGCUUACGAAUAUCUGGGUUUUGUAUCUGAAAAGGAACAGAAAUAUAAGGAUGCAGCCGCCAACUACGAAUUAGCUUUCAAGUAUACAGGAAAGAGUAAUGCUUCAAUCGGGUACAAACUGGCAUAUGCCCAUUUGAAAUCAAAAAAUUAUCCUGAUGCUAUCGAUGUUGCACAUCAGGUAAUCAAAAUAAAUCCAGAAUAUGCUAUCAGAAUGAAAAAGGACAUUCUAGAUAAAUCAAUGAACAAUCUGAGAAUAUAAUUAUUGUAAUCAGAUUCGAAAUAUUUCAGAGUGUAGUUUGCAUAAUUUUUUUUUUAAUUUGUUCAUUCAGGUUAAGUAAUUUCGUGUUUUAUAUGAGAUUGCACACAUUUGUUACAAUCAUGUGAUAUUUGAAACGUAUCCGUCCAUGUUGUAUUGAAUAUCUUUAAAUAGAUGAAUAAAAAUGAA